AUGAACAAUAUACGAAUAUCUUCAGUUUACGUUACUUUUAGUCUGUUUCGUUUUGUGACUCUGCUACUACAAUUCAGAAAUGCCAGAAAAUGAAGACAAGGCAUUGCUUACGGAGGGUGAAAGAUUGCAUUUUCUAAACAAAUUAAAAACGCGUUUAAAAGAUGAACAAAAAUUAGAAAAACUUCAGACGAACGACCCUUGCCUUGAAAAAUUUUUGUAUGGCACGGAUUUUGAUGUGGAUGCAGCAUUUAACAAGAUAACCAAUUAUUACGAGCUGGUAUUACAGUAUCCAGAUUGGUUUCCCAUUCUAGGACCACUAGACAAAAAGUCGAUAAUAGACAAAGAUGUAAGGAUGAUGUUACCACAGUAUGAUAAGGAAGGUCGUGUCAUUUUUAUAGCAAAAUUGGGAAACACGGACAUGAGCACGAUGAAAUUAUUCGAUAUGAUAGGAAUAGAUGAUAUCUUGCUUGAAUCAGUAUUAGCGAGCAAACCACGUAUAGCACAAAAAGGUCUGUGUGUUAUAAUGGAUGUCGCUGAUUACCCAUGGAAGAUGUUGAAAUGGUUAACGCCCGAAAACAUUAAGUUGUGUAUUAGAAAAAUAAUGGCAUUGCCAUUUAAGGACUAUAGAAUCCAUAUAGUUAAUACGUCAGUGGUAAUUCACGUAGCAAUCAAAAUAACUUGGCCACUUUUACCAGCAUACAUAAAGGAAAUGAUCAAAUUUCACUUUAACGACUGGGAUUCCCUUUAUAAGUACAUUGACAAAGAGGUUCUUCCUCUAGAAUAUGGUGGAACGUACAAUAUUAACUACAGUGAACUACAUGAAAAGUUGUAUGAAAAGAACGAAGAAAUAUUAGCAAUUACAAAAUUUCGAAGAGAAGUAGCAUUUGGAUGAGACUUCCACCUCCACCAUAUUCGUAUAUUUCUGGUGUGGAAAUUGCUGGAGGAUAAUUUUUUAAAGUUUGCGAUAGCAAGAUAACUUAUCUGUCAAUAGUAUCUUGUGAAUUAUCUGCCAAAUUAUAUUAAUACAACAAUUAAAUAUAUGUAGAAUAGUUCAAUAAAUUGUUAAAUAUGGAAUACAUAUUAGUCAUUAAAAGCACCUGUAGUAG